AUGCCGGUGCUCGAAGGAGAGCCGCCGUCGGCGCCCAGAAGCGACCUGCCCAGCUUCAUUCAACCCCACGCCAAGGUAAAAGACAAAGCCCAGGACUUCCUGCUCGAGUCUCUGACCAGCCUGCUUGUGGGUAUCAUCGAUAGAGCGGUGGCCGAAAAGGCAGUGUCGCACGGCCUGGAGGACGUGACCGUGGAGGAGUACAUGGACAUGGACUUCGAUACGCUCACGACCGACGACACACUCUUCCAGGCCGUCGAGCUGAUGAUGGGCAAGGGCCAACGCCUCAUUCCGAUCCUGGGCCGUUUUGGUGAUGGUGGUGGAGGCGAUGCCGGUGACGCCAGUGCGCGGCCGCUCACGCUGGUCGGGGUCAUAUCCAAGGCGGACCUGGUCAAUCUGCUCAUCCACCAGCCCUCGCGCUUCCCCAUCUCGUUUCUCGAGGAGAAGGAGCAGCAACGUCGGCAGCAACAGGGCAAACUCGUCGGCGACGCCGGCAAUCGCCACUCGACCGAGAAACCUGCCAAGGCCAAGGCCAAGGCCGCCCAGGAGCCCACGCAAAGCAAAUCCAAGGUGCUGCGCGCCUACACAUUCCUCGCAUACCGCCGGGUGGGCGACGGCAGCAACGUGCGGGAUCUGGUGAAAGGCGCGCUCGCAGCAGAGGUGUUCUCGUUUCUGGAGAAGGCCGGAAGCAUCGCGCACAGCAUGAACACACGCGUCUACGUCGUCGGCGGGUUCGUGCGUGACCUCUUCCUCCGCACCCCCAACCAGGACAUCGAUUUGGUAGUCGAAGGCGAUGGCCUGACAUUCGCGGACAAGCUGGCCAAGGCGACCGGAGGGCAGGUGAAGCACCACCACAAGUUCAGCUCGGCGCUGGUCAAGCUGCCCAGCGGCAUCUGUAUAGACGUGGCGACCGCGCGACUCGAGUACUAUCCCAGCCCUGCGGCCCUCCCCUGUGUGGAGUUGUCAUCGCUGAAGAUGGACCUCUACCGGCGAGACUUCACAAUCAAUGCGAUGGCAAUCGAGCUGACCAAGGGCCGACUGGGCACGCUCGUCGACUAUUUUGGCGGUAUCAACGACCUACGCCAGAAGGUGGUGCGCGUGCUGCAUUCUCUCAGUUUCGUUGAGGACCCCACGCGCAUUCUGCGCGCCGUACGUUUCGAGCAGCGCUAUGGAUUCACCAUCGAGAAGCAGUCGCUGCGACUACUGCGCACCGCCAUAGACAAGGGAUUUUUCAACAAGCUGAGCGGCAGUCGAGCUUGGAACGAAUUCCAGCACCUGCUCGACGAGCGCGGCGAGUGUGCGCUGUUGUGCCUGCAGAGACUGCGACAGCUUCACCUGCCCGAGCACGUCUUCCCUCCGUGGAAGUCGCUCUAUCCAACUGACCAGGACCUCAAGCUGAUGCAGGACGUGCUCGAAUGGUACGAACUGUCGCAUCUGCGACCGGAACCGGAGAGGUGGAAGUGCUUCUUCUUGACCCUGUGCUGCCACAUUCGAAAGCCGGCCGAGCUGGAAGCGCUGAUGGACCGAUUCCUCUUCCCCGAGAGUAUCAAAGCACGAUUUGGCGAUCUGCGCGAUGCUACGCACAAGGCGCAUGUGGCCCUUCAACGGUGGAUUGAAGCGAGGGAGGCGCACCAAGAAGGCGACGAUACGGCCGAGGAACGGCACAACCAACUGAGCGAUCUUUACAGCAUCAUGCACCCUAUUCCUCUCGAGGGGCUGUUGUACAUGAUGGCUCACAAGCAAAGGAGCGAAGAAGAGCGAAGGCACAUCGUGGUCUACCUCACCCACUUGCGCUAUGUCACCGUGGAGACCGACGGCAAGGACCUGAUCAGAAUGGGUCUCCCACCCGGUCCGCACUACCGCACCGUGCUCGACGCACUCCUCCGCGCGAAGCUCAACGGGCAGAUCACCAGCAAGGAGGACGAGGAGCGGCUGGCGCGAGGCCUCAUCGUCGAAGAGCUCAAGCUGCUCGGCAAGCCAAAGCUAGGCAUAGAUGGCAAGGCGCUGACGGCGCUGGGUGUGGAGCCCGGGCCGGCAUUCACGGCCAUCUUCCGGCUGGUCAACGAGGCCAUCGCCCUCGGCCAGCUGCAAGACGACGACACUCAGGCGCAGCUCCAGUACGUCCAGACGCUCCUGUCGCGUGGCAAGGGUGUACUGUAA